CAAACGGCGGGUGAAUUUUGAGUUUCUUUCGGACAAAAUUAUUACGGAAAAUGUAACUUUCUUAGAAAAGAACGUCGCAUUGAAGUUACGCGUGUUUGUGUUCGUUGGUGUUUAGUGAAAAUGUAAAGCAGAACGCUGCGUGAAUCUUCCAAGAGUGAUUUGCAUAGUAGAAAUUAAAUUCCAAAAUGACCGUGAGUUAUCUCACGAUUGGGACGCUUUUCGCCACCGGAAUUCUGCUUCGGGCGGCGAUUUCCCUGCAUUCCUAUUCCGGCGAGAACAGACCACCAAUGUUCGGAGAUUUCGAAGCCCAACGCCACUGGCAGGAAGUGACCGUGAACCUUCCGGUCCGGGACUGGUACGAAAACACAACGGACAACGAUCUGCAGUACUGGGGACUGGACUACCCUCCCCUGACGGCGUACCACAGCUUCCUGGUGGGGAAGUGGGCCCAGCUAAAGGAUCCGGCGUUUGUGAAGCUUCACGAGUCCCGUGGUAUUACGAAGGAUGAGCACAAGGAAUUCAUGCGGAACACGGUUCUAUUGGUGGACCUAUUAGUCUACAUCCCUGCAAUUCUACUCGGAUGUUACACAAUUCGGAAGACGAUUCUCGGUGGGCACGUCGCCGGAAGCGACGUUUUGUCCAUGGCCUUUGCAGUUCUGUAUCCGGGCCAGAUUCUGAUCGAUAACGGACACUUCCAGUACAACAAUGCAUCCCUGGGACUGAUGGCAGCUGCCAUUGCGGCCAUACUCCUGGAAAGGCAACUAUUUGGAGCAUUCAUCUUCGUCUUGGCCCUCAAUUACAAACAGAUGGAACUUUAUCACGCGCUGCCGGUCUUCUUCUAUCUGCUUCAAUGGUGCUUCCGGAGUUCGAAAGGAUUUGAUUUUGCGGGAGGAAUUUGGAAGUUGGUGAAACUUGGAUCUGUGGUUGCAGUUUCGUUUGCCCUGAUUUGGAGCCCAUGGAUUGGGUCGAUUGGCGCGCUAAAACAAGUGGUUCACCGGGUGUUUCCCGUGGCCAGAGGUGUCUUCGAGGAUAAGGUGUCCAACGUUUGGUGCAUUGUGAAUGUUUUUAUAAAGCUAAGAAACUACCCCAAUUCGUUCAUGGCAAUCGUAUGCCUCGUCUGCACGCUGCUGACAGUGAUACCAAGCGGCGUUCAUCUUCUCUUCAGAACGUCCAAGAGAAAUUUCCUGCUAGCACUGCUCAACUCAUCCCUCGGAUUCUUCCUCUUCAGUUUCCAAGUUCACGAAAAAUCAAUCCUCCUCGCCACGCUUCCUGCCCUUCUCCUGUUUCAAUUAUAUCCCUUGGAGUGCUUCUGGUUGCUCCAAAUUUCCACCUUUAGCAUGAUCCCACUUCUGCACAAGGACGGCCUACUGCUUCCCUACCUGGCCCUAACCCUGUUCACGCUUACUUUACUCAAGCUCUCAAUCUCUGCGCUGAACAACUUCAAACCGGUGGGCAAAAUCUGCACCAUCGAUCUCUUCACCAUCGGAACAUUCCUGCAGAGCGACGGAAGCGCGAAAUCUCAUCGCAUCAACCGAGCACUGGUUUCCAGCUUCUACGGUUCUCUGGUGGGACAACUGCUGCUCCUGUUCGCAUUCGUUUGCGUUGACCCGCCAGCUCAGCUGCCAUUCCUCUGGCCACUGCUUAUCUCCGCCUACAGCUGUGGGCAUUUUGUGCUGUUCUUUAUCUAUUUCAACUAUCGGCAGUUCUUUUCAAAUGAUAAUCAGAUGUCGCAUGAGGAACGUGGCAAACGAAAAGUGAAAUAAAGAAGCGUGGAUGUACAUUUGUGA